AUAUGUACAUGUGUGCAUGUAUGUUCCGAAAUACAUAUGUACAUACAUACACUCGCAUACAUACAUUGAUGCGAAUUUUCAAGCAACAAAUGAAUAUUUAUUUUUAAUAAUGUUCUGACAUUGGAUUUGUCAUUGGCAACGGAAAGUUUCGUGUAAGCAAAGUUGAUUAUGCUAAUCGAAAAUUAUGUGUUAAAUUUAAGGCAAAAAGCUAACUCAAUGCAACCGAACUGAAUGCGUGCUCUAGUGCUUGUGAAAGUCAAUUGAGUCUUCCAGUGAAUUACAUAAAAUAAGUGCGCCAGUAGCUCUGCAUUGUAGGCGUGUGUGUGAAUAUUUUGAAAGUGAAGCAUAAAACUCGCAGGAAGCAGCUGCAGAAAGUGAAAAAAAACCUAAUUCGUUAACAAGUGAACCGAGUGGUGGUGCAACAACAGUGUGACAACAACGUAAAUGCAUAUAACAGUGCAAUAAUAAAAGCAAUUCACUGCAUAGUAGAUUUAGUUGGUUGUUUCCCAUACGCUAACGUCCAGGAACACAACUCAUACAUACAUAUAUAAUACAUUGGCGUGGCUUUUAGUUCCAACGUACUCCGCAACUAUUAAAAAGGGCGUGGGAUACCCCUACACAAUCGGCACCGUCUGCUGUCUACUGCAUACGCACAUAGUACUACAUAUUUGUACUUGCAUAAACGCGCAGCGAUAAUCAGCAAUAUUGCAAUAAAACCACCUCAGCGGCCCGCGGUACGCAGUAAAUAUGUCAGAGGAACAAGUUAAGCUUGACGCCCACAAACAGGUGACCAGUCCAGAUGAUUUCGAAGAUCUCAGUCCAAUGCCACAAACGGCCGCCCCGCCAGUGCGACGACGUGGCGGCAUCUCAGCCGAGCCGGUCACCGAAGAAGACGCCACAAGUUAUGUGAAGAAAGUUGUCCCUAAGGAUUACAAAACAAUGGCCGCGCUCUCCAAGGCGAUCGCCAAAAACGUCCUAUUUUCGCAUUUGGAUGAAAAUGAGCGUUCGGACAUUUUCGACGCCAUGUUUCCAGUUACGCAUUUAAUGGGUGAGAACAUUAUUCAGCAAGGAGACGAAGGUGACAAUUUCUAUGUUAUCGAUCACGGUGAGGUUGAGGUGUUUGUGAAUUCCGAAUUGGUUACAACAAUUGGCGAGGGUGGCAGUUUCGGUGAGUUAGCGCUCAUCUAUGGCACGCCACGUGCCGCUACUGUGCGAGCUAAAACCGAUGUCAAACUUUGGGGCAUCGAUCGCGAUUCCUAUCGCCGAAUUCUGAUGGGUUCCACCAUACGCAAAAGGAAAAUGUACGAAGAAUUCUUAUCGCGUGUAUCAAUUUUGGAGAGCCUUGAUAAAUGGGAACGUCUUACUGUGGCCGACGCUUUGGAACCUGUACAAUUCGAAGAUGGCGAAACAAUUGUCAAACAAGGUGAACCAGGCGAUGAUUUUUAUAUCAUUUUAGAUGGCACCGCGGUUGUACUCCAACGAAGAGCUGAGCAAGGAGAUGAACCCGCUGAGGUUGGUCGUUUGGGUCCAAGUGACUACUUUGGUGAGAUCGCUUUGCUGUUGGAUCGCCCCAGAGCGGCCACUGUGGUAGCAAGAGGACCAUUGAAAUGUGUUAAAUUGGAUAGAGCGAGAUUCGAGCGCGUGCUGGGACUCUGCGCCGACAUUUUGAAGCGUAACAUCACGCAAUACAACAGUUUCGUUUCGCUAUCUGUUUAA